AUGGGGUUUCGUAUCACGACAUGGAACGUAAACGGCAUUAGGAACCCAUUCUCGUAUGAGCCAUGGAGGAGUACACGUACUUUCGAGUCUAUGUUUGAUAUACUGGAAGCCGAUAUUGUCGUUUUUCAGGAAACCAAAAUCCAGCGAAAGGACCUUAGAGAUGAUAUGGUUCUUGUUUCCGGGUGGGAUUGCUACUUCAGCCUACCUAGAGUUAAAAAGGGUUAUUCGGGUGUUGCAAUAUACACACGCAAUGCAACAUGUGCUCCCAUCCGUGCUGAGGAGGGGCUGACGGGAACCUUAUGUCCGCCAAAUUCAUCCGCGCCAUUCAGGGACCUACCUGAAGAUCAGCAAAUCGGUGGUUAUCCAACGAUAGAGCAAUUAUCGCAACUCGAAUUAGACGCAGAAACACUCGAUUCUGAGGGGCGCUGUGUUCUACUUGAGUUCCCUGCCUUCGUUCUUAUAGGCAUCUAUUGCCCUGCCAAUAGGGAUGAGAGUCGAGAUGCAUUUCGCCAGAAUUAUCUAGACUUGAUGGAUGCUCGGGUCCGAAAUCUAGUCACCAUGGGAAAACGUGUGUUCGUCACUGGGGAUAUCAAUAUCUCAAGAGGCGAGAUUGAUGCAGCUCAUGCGUCUGAAAAUAUCAAAAAAGGAGCUAUUACCGGAGACCACUUUGUCUCCGCUCCUGCGCGGCGCCUAUUCAACCACCUACUGUCUGACGGUAAAGUUUUGGGUGACCGAGAUGAGGGAAGGGAACAGCCAGCUCUUUUCGAUAUAUGCAGAUCCUUCCACCCUGAGCGCAAGGGCAUGUAUACUUGCUGGGAGCAGAGAAUAAAUGCUCGCCCCGGCAACUACGGUUCGAGAAUAGAUUAUGUCCUUUGCAGCUUGAACAUGCAGGAUUGGUUCCAUGACUCUAAUAUCCAAGAAGGACUCAUGGGGUCGGACCAUUGUCCAGUAUAUGCUAUUUUCAAGGACACCGUGCCUCUUGGUGAGGGCGAAACCAACAUUUAUGAUGUCGUGAACCCACCAGGGCUGUUUCGAAACGGCGCACGCCAACAAGACUAUACGACAAAGUUGUUGUUACCACUGUCGGGGCGACUGAUACCGGAGUUCGAUAGACGGAGAAACAUCAAAGAUAUGUUCAUGCGUAAAUCUAGCCAGCCAUCGCAAAAGUCGCCUUCUGUUCAGCAACCAACUCCAACGCCAUUAUCUGAAGGCACCAAGGCAGUCGCAGAGUCUACCAACCUUCGCUCAACGAGCUUGAGUGGAAGCUCCUCUGUCGUAACACCUGAUGCUGACCAGUCAAAGGGCAUUGUGCGCAAACGACCCGUCAGGACAGAAAACCCUCCCGUAAAGCGUUCAAAAUCUGCAGGUAAUCACACAGUCACGCCAACUGCUGGACAGAGUACGCUGAAGGGAUUUUUCAAGACAAAAAGCAACCCUGACAUUGAUAUGGAGGAUUUCAAAUCUCUCAGGGAUGGAGAAACAGCCUUGCCCAGAAGCCCGUCUAAAAUCCGCAGCCAACAAGUAGCAGGUGCGAAAAGUGCGGAAAUGGCGCAAGACGUUGAUGUUGACGAAUCCAACGAAUCAACACCGGCUACUACAGCAUCAUAUAAAGAACCAACAGACUUCAUCGAUCCCGUCGCUAGCAAACAGGAUUGGUCAAAACUGUUUACUAAGAAGCCUGCUCCCACGUGCGAAGGCCACGAUGAGCCGUGCAUUAGUUUGAAAACUAAAAAGCCUGGGGUAAACUUUGGUCGUUCUUUCUGGAUUUGUCCCAGACCUUUGGGACCCAGCGGGAACAAGGAGAAAGGAACUACCUGGCGAUGUUCUACUUUCAUCUGGGCCAACGAUUGGGAUUCCUCGACGAUGUAA